AUGGCAGCUCACCUGGAUAAUUCUCAGGUUGAAACAAAGGAUAUCGGAAUUCAUGCUAGGCACGUCAGCAAUGCGUCUGCAGUGGAUAGUGAAUUAAAUGAUGACUAUGGGAGUCCAAUUUGGAAGAAUAGAGUAGAGAGUUGGAAGGAUAAAAAGAGCAACAAGAAAAAGGGUACACCUAAGGAGGAAAAAGUGGCUCAAAUUCCACCUGAGCAGAAGAUGACAGAGAACAAGUAA